AUGGCCGCGGACUGCGUGGCGGACGGCGAUUACCUCGGCGAGUAUUCGCGAUUCUUCGCCGAGUUCGUCGCCAGGGUGAACCCGGACGAUCAGCUGCCGGUGAAGGUGAGCGUCUACGACGUCAACGAGAGCGAGCUCGUCGGUGAGAUCAUCAACGUGACUCUACAGUACCUCAAUCGAAUAUACUGUCCACCAAGCUUACAAUCCUAUAUUUCACGUCUCGUAAUACAAGCGAUCAAAUCAACAUGCAAAAAACAGCCGGAAAUCUGCGGACUAAGGCAGCAAGAAAAGACGUACGCCCCUUUGAAACUCAUGCAGGCCGUCACAAAUGAAGUAAACGAGAUUUGCAGACGGUAUUUAGAUAACAGCAGGCUAGCCCUCUUGCCACCGCCUUCAUCAACGCCGCAAGUGACAGUGGGUGCUAUCAGAAAUGCCAGAAGAAAAAUGGAAGACCGCCACAUGAUUUUGCACGACUUAAAUACCAUGUUUAAUAUUCAGGAUGACACUAUCGUGGAUUACUACGCAGUAUUUGAUGGCCACGGUGGACAGGACGCCGCGGCGUAUUGUGCGACACAUUUGCAUCAGUAUUUGGUCGAAAGCGUGCACUAUCCUACUGAUCCGGAAAGGGCGUUGCGCGAUGCCUUCCUGACGACCGAUGCACAAUUCAUAGCGAAAUCGAGUAUGCAGAAAUUGAAUGGUGGAACCACCGCGGUUUGCGCGUUGCUGAUAAAUAAGAAAUUGUACAUUGCUUGGGUUGGCGACUCUAUGGCUUCUCUGGUUUCAUACGGCAAUGUCAGACAAUUGGUCAAUCCUCAUCGACCAACGAGAGAAGAUGAGAACGAACGGAUUCGCAAUAUGGGAGGAGUCGUCGUCCAAUGUAUGGGUGUCAUGCGAGUAAACGGAUUCCUCAGUAUAUCCCGAGCUAUUGGCGAUGUCCCGUAUAAACCGUAUAUCAGCGGCGAGCCCGAGAUUCGAUGCGUAACUCUGGAUGGCAACGAGGAUUUUCUUAUAAUCGCCUGUGACGGAUUGUGGGACUACGUCGAUCAGAGAACCGCGGCGCUCCGUGUCUACCGACAGGUGUUGCAGAAUCCCUGUGAGUUAUUUCACUUGAUUUAG